GUCAGAGACAGAACAAACACUGGAAUAUUCAUAAAUACAACAACAACUCCCCCUCCUUCCAAGAGCUCUGCUGAAAUAAAAACUGUCUUUCUCAGCAAAUGUGUUAUCUACCCUACUCUUAUGCAAGCUGGAUGAUAAUGGACUAUCAUCAUUAGCAGGGCUCUAUAUAGGAGAGCUCCCUCUUCUCUCCCACUGAGCAGGUCUUCAGGAUCAUCACACUUUUCCCAGAAGUGUUCUCUUUCCUUCAUUUGCCGGCACUUGAAUCAGAUCUUUGUCCAUCAUCUCCACAAAGGUUUACAUCAAGAUCUACAGUGAGGAAUGAACAACCUAGCAGACUCUUUGGAUGUGCUCUUUAACACUUCUCUGGAAAGUUCAGAGCAAUGUGGCAAAGAGACCCAUGUGGAGAACAUCCUUUUUGCUACUUUCUAUCUUCUGGAUUUCAUCCUAGCCUUCGUUGGCAAUGCUCUGGCUCUCUGGCUUUUUAUCCGGGACCAAAAGUCAGACACCCCAGCCAACAUUUUCCUGAUGCACCUCGCUGUAGCCGACCUGUCUUUUGUGCUGGUCUUACCAACUCGAUUGGUAUAUCACUUUUCAGGCAAUCACUGGCCGUUUGGAGAGAUCCCAUGCCGACUCACAGGCUUUCUUUUCUACCUCAACAUGUAUGCCAGCAUCUACUUCCUCAUGUGCAUCAGUGUAGAUCGCUUCCUAGCUAUUGUGCACCCUGUAAAGUCCAUCAAACUCCGCAGGUCACUCUAUGCCCAUUUGGCCUGUGCCUUCCUCUGGGUUAUAGUUGCAGUAGCAAUGGCACCUCUUUUGGUCAGCAGGCAGACAGCUGAGUUGAACAAUACUACCAUCUGCCUGCAGCUUUACAGAGAAAAAGCAUCACGUCAUGCUCUUGUGUCUCUAGCUGUGGCAUUUACACUGCCAUUUUUUACCACAGUUACUUGCUAUUUAUUGAUUAUACGCAGCCUGAAGAGCGGGAACAGAGUAGAGAAACAUCUCAAGGAAAAAGCCAUCAAAAUGAUCAUAAUGGUUCUUAUGAUCUUCCUGAUCUGCUUUGUGCCCUAUCACAUAAACCGCUACAUUUAUAUCCUCAAUUAUGAUGGGGUGAAAACUUCCUGUGAAAUGCAGCGGAUCCUGGCCCUUGGCAAUCGCAUUACCUCCUGCCUCACCAGCCUAAAUGGUGCCCUAGACCCGGUAAUGUAUUUCUUUGUAGCAGAAAAGUUCCGAGAAGCAUUAUGUGGUUUAUUUUGCAGCAAAAAGGCUGCAAGGCUGCCUUCGAGUGGCGAUGGGAAAACGAAUGACAGCUCCUUAAGUGCUAAAUCUGAACUGUAAAUAUAA